AAAUGACAGAAAACGUUUGUCCAAGGGUACAUCCUUUACCUGUUCUCCAGCUGAACCAUGCCACUUUUACUGUUAAACAAAACCCAAGAACUGUUUAAGCGAUGUGAGCCAAAGCAAGCAUUUUUAUUUGGGAAUUUCAUGAAAGGGGAAAAAAGCUUCAUCAAUAGAUGAUUCUUUGAUUACAUCAUUACAUAGUUGGCCGGGAAAAAAGCUGGCAUUGAGUUGGAUUAUAAUAGGAGUCUGUUUUCUGCAGACUUUGGUGUAUUGUGUGUAUGGGAGGCGCUGGGACCAUUUGUAAACAAUGCCCUGCUUGAUGCCAAGAGCUGAUGUGCGCUUUCGUAAAUGUUCAUUUUUCUACUGGAGCCAUCCCUCGUUCCCUCCCAGCAUGCAUUGCCUUCCGUUUAUCUUUUGUUGAUCUUUCUCUCCCCCCAUCUAUCUUUUCCAUCAUUUAAGCACGGGCACACUCUGCAGAGACAUUUAGCCCCUGGCCACCUGCCUGCCUCCAUGUGAGCUCAUUCGGUGUUUAUCCUGUUUCUCAUGCAGCCACUGAAGUGCUGUUUUCCUGUAUACAUGGGGCCGCACCUCUGGUAUGCAGAGCUACAACUGCACACACCCACACGACUUCUAAUAUUAAAACAAAAGCUUACACUUACAAAACAGGCGGACGAGAAAGGGAGGUGUGCGCAUGUUUCUGUGUUUGGACUGUCCUUGCAGCGCAGCCCGUGCUCUGAGACAGAGUUGCUUUUGUGCAUCUAUUCAGCGAGCUCUAUUGUGGGCAGCGGUGCUAAUUGCGGCCUGAAUGGUCUCUGCUAAAUGUUUUGUGACAGUUUGAAAGCAUGAAAGAUGAGAGGGGCGCACGAGAGAAGGAUUCCCCCCUUUUGUUUUGUUUUUUCUUCCCUCCUAAUGGCACGUCCAAACGCUCUCAGCUUUAACCUUCAGCUCCUAUGCAGCCUGUUUCCCCGCCCUUGCGAGAGAGUCUCCUCUCUCUGAAUCAGAAAUAGAGGUGGAUAUAAAUAAAGCCCGGCUGAGGGAACGGAGAUCGGAUCCUGCCGUAGCCGUGUGGGACGAAUGGGGCGGUCGCUCGCGUUCUGAGCUGCAGUUCCUUGGCAGCAUAUCAAAUAUGAGUCUCAAAAGCCUCGCAAGCAGCAGACAUAUUGUAACGGGGAUGGCCAGCGCUCUGCAUGCAGACUAGCGCUUCUCUCAGGAUGGUCGGGCGACAUCUCUCCUCAGAGCUGCCCCUACAAAGUGGCCUGGCAGCCCAGUAUGAGAAUAUACCCCCCAAUCGCAGUGCCAAUACAGCCUCUACUAACAGCUGCAGCGGCUGGGAUCCACUGAUUAUCGACGAGAACGAUACAGAGGCGUGGCCUUCCAUUUCAUGCAAAGAAAGCCUUGCCCCUGCAGGAUGCCCCUUAAACACUGAAAGUAUCAGUGACAUCAGCAGCACAAGCAGCAUGAGCAUGGCCACAGGAGCUGGCCAGCAAGGCCAUUUCUCCACCAAUCACCCCAGCAAAGCCAAUGCCAGCCACUCAGGAGGUCUGCUCUCCAGUCAGGGUGGGGCCAGCAGAGGCUGGGGCUCUGGCCCAUCUCCCGCCAGUGGAGGAGAAGGGAAGAAUGAAGUCUCCAGCACAUCAAUGGGAGCCAGGGGUUGGGGCUCCUCCAACUUUAACUUGAACUUAAAUCCCAACGCCAACCCCUCUGCCUGGCCAGUUCUGGGACAUGAAGGGACCGGCAUGGGUGGCGGCAGCUCUGGAGGAAGCAACCCUCCUCCUAAUCUUUGUAGCCCACCGGGCACACUGCCCAGUCAGGGCCCCAGCAGCAGUGGCAGUAUAGGUGGUGCCAAUGCAAAUUCUGCAGGUAAUGGUGGUAGUGGCAAUUGCAGCACCACAUGGGGUAGCAUUAUGCCCAGUGACACUUCAGAGCCACACUCCAGCCCAUCCACGAAUGUGUCUUUCAGCUCCGAGCCUCCGAACCUUAACACUGAUGGACCAAAUCACACUAAGCAGGAGCCCAGGAGCCCUGGCCACAGCCUGCCUAACUGGGGUGUUGGCCCUCCAGGCAUGGGCUCAUUUGUUCAAACUCCUGGAGGAGCCUCUCAGGUCAACGGGGAAGAGGAACCUGUUUGGCGUAAUGGAGAUGCCAAGUCUGUUAGUGGCUCAAAAGACUCUGGUUGGGAAUCAGGGAGCAGCUGGGGGCAGGGAGGGGCCUCAAGUACUGCUGGCUGGGGACAAGCUGCCUCAACUGGAGAGUGGGGUAAGCGUUCCAACAGUGAGCCCAAAGGAUGGGAUUCAUCUGGCUCUCCCACCCAAGAGCAGCAACUUAAUUCUUGGGGUCGCGGGGCCAAUGCUCCAGCCAGUGAGGGAAGCAGUGACAGCAUGGAAUGCCAUCCUCACAGGAGGGAUAACUCAUCAAGGGAUGAGACCUCCCCUGUUAUACCUGCCCAAGACAUGGACCCCAGGGUUCUGUGCAACACAGGCUGGGGACAAACACCUGUACGCCAGCACACCGCUUGGGAGACAGAAGAAGCUGCACGCUCCAACCACAAGAAUGACAUUGGAACUGAUGCCUGGGGCUCAUCCUCAAAUGCAGCCAAUGCGGGACCAACACCAACUUCUGGCAAUGCCAAUCUAAAUUCUGGCAACUCAUCCAGACCUGACUUUGGGGGAAAGAAUGAGGCCCCCUGCCCCAGUACUGGAGCUGCCCCAGGUUGGGGCACAGGCAUGCAAUCACCCCAGGCUGGCUCUGGAUGGGCAGAGCCAUCCAACAACAAGAAACCCUCCAGUGGUCCUGGAAGCUGGGGUAGCACCCCAUCAGGAGGUCCUGGUGGCAACCUGCAGAAAAGCGGUCAGACUUGGGGUUCUGAGGAUAAAUCUCCCACCUGGGAAGAUAGUCACGCUAAAACCAAACCACAGGGUUGGGCUGAGGGGCCCAAAUCAUCUCAUGGAUGGGGCAAUGGACCUGUGGGAGAAAGUGGAUCCGGAGGAGAAUGGGGUGAACCUGCCGAUGUGAAGAAAAAUGGCCCAUCCAGCUCCUCCUGGGAGGGAGAAGGUUCAGGCUGGAACGAGGGCUCCAGAGGAUGGGGAAAGCCUGCCCCAGGAGCAGGAGGAAACUGGGGAGAUUCACAGCGCCCCAGCGUGCCCCCACAAGGAUGGAAUAACAAGCCUCAAGAGGGCAACAAUGGCAAUAGUGGCAGUGGAAGCAUGGGUUCAUGGGGAGGUCCAAGCUCUGUGAAACAGAGUGGCUCCGGAUGGGUUGGGGGAAAUGGCGGAAGUGUUAAACCUGACCACACUGGAGAGCCCACUGGAUGGGAGGAGCCCUCUCCACCCUCCAUCCGUCGUAAGAUGGAGAUCGAUGAUGGUACCUCAGCUUGGGGUGACCCAAGUACUUACAACAAGUCAGUCAAUCUCUGGGACAAGAAUAACCCUGGUAUGCAAGGGAAACCAUGCCCUGUCAAUGCCAACAAUGUACCCAACAACCAUCAUCAUCAUCCCCAUCAUAGCCAGCCUCCCAUGCAGACCCACAAUCAUGGAGGGCCGAACUCUAAUAAUAACCACAGUGUUAUGACCACCCCUGAUAACGUAGCCCCACAUCAGACUGGGCCUCCUCAAAACAGAACAUCCCUUAUAAAUCCAGGAUGGGGUGACAUGACAAAUAUCCAUUCAAAACCUGAGCCCCCAUGGGGAGAACCAGCCGCCCCUCCAGCAAGUUUGGACAAUGGCACUUCGGCAUGGGGUAAACCCUCAGGUGGAUGUGGAAGAUGGAGUGAUAAUGGCCCUGAGGUCUAUGGUCGAGGUAACGGACCCCCUGGAUCUGCCCCCUGCAAACCUGCCCCCAAACCUAUGCAAGAUGGCUGGGGGGGUGGUGAGGACAUGAGUCUGUCUGCGAGCCAAUGGGAGCAAGAUGAGGGAGACAUGUGGAAAAGCCCUGCGUCUCAGGAGAGCAACUCCUCCUGCAGCUCCUGGGGCAACCCACCCAAGAAGGGCCCACCAAAGGGAAAAGUCCCGAACAAACAGGAUGAUAGCUGGAUCAUGAAUCAUCUGAUCAAGCAGCUGACUGACAUGGGCUUUCCUAGAGACCCUGCGGAGGAGGCUCUUAAGAGCAACAACAUGAACUUGGAUCAGGCUAUGAGCGCCCUGUUGGAGAAGAAGAGCGAACUGGAUAAACGGGGGAUGGGAAUUUCUGACUACAACAACGGCCUAGUCAAUAAAUCAAUGGGCUGCAGACCUUCAGUCAUCUCCAAAGACUCUUCCUCAGAUCGUCCUCCCUUCUUGGACAAGGAUGCUGGGUUAGCAGAUGAUGUCCAAACCUCACCGUUUAUGCCUUCUCCGAGCCUGAAGCUCCCUUUGGGUAGUGCUGCACUCCCUGGCCAGAGCCUUGGAGUCGCCAUGCAAAACUUGAACAACAGACAGAUGCAGAGUGGAGUGUUUGGUAGCAGUGGAGCAGCACAAGCCCGGGCCCUGCAGCAGCAGCCUCCUCCCCAGCCGACAGUGCCGCCUCUCAACUCCUCCCAGCCUAGUCUACGCGCUCAAGUGCCUCAGUUUCUCAGCCCUCAGGUUCAAGCACAGCUUUUACAGUUUGCAGCAAAAAACAUUGGUCUCAACCCUGCACUUUUAACCUCACCAAUAAACCCUCAACAUAUGACCCUGUUGAACCAACUUUAUCAGCUGCAACUGGCGUACCAGCGUUUACAAAUUCAGCAGCAGAUGUUGCAGGCACAGCGCAGUGUUUCUGGCCCCAUCCGACAGCAAGAGCAGCAAGUUGCACGUACAAUCAAUAACAUGCAGCAACAGAUCCAGCAGCAUCAGCGGCAGUUGGCUCAGGCUCUGCUCAUGAAGCAGCAGCAGCAACAGCAGCCGCCUCCAUCUCACCCGGGCCUGCAUCCUAGCGUGGGCAAAUCAGCUCUGGACACAUUUCCGGUCCACCCCCAGGCCUCCAGCCUCUCCGUUUCUGACCUUCAGACCAAAGAGCCGCAGUCUUCUCCAAACUCUUUCUCCCACUACCCUAUGUCUGGAUUAAACCCUAACAUGAAUGUAAACUGCAUGGAUGUGGGUGGCCUGUCCAUGAAGGACCCUCCUCAGCCUCAGUCACGCCUGUCACAGUGGACACACCCUAACUCCAUGGAGAACCUCUCUGGCAACUCCUCUCCAAUGGAGCCCAACUACAACAAGCAUGGUGCCAUCUCUGCCGGUCCCACUCUGGGUCCCCCAAGUAAACCUCCAAUGGAUGACUCCUACAGUCCCUACAAUCUGCUUCCCAGCUCUGAGUCUCCUACCAGCCCUCUGACACCUCACGAUAGCUGGGGCCAGGGCAAGAACACCAAUGACAAGAUCUCCAACGGGACUAACGUCAACUGGCCUCCAGAGUUCUGUCCAGGAGUGCCUUGGAAAGGACUGCAGAAUAUCGACCCUGAGACUGACCCUAAUGUGACCCCAGGGAGUGUUCCCAGUGGGCCCACCAUCAAUACUAACAUUCAGGAUGUUAACCGCUAUCUUCUGAGAGACAGAAGUGGAGGCAAGCUGUCUGACAUGAAGUCCACUUGGUCCCCGGGGCCCAUCUCACACACCCAAGCUUCUCUGUCUCACGAGCUUUGGAAAGUCCCUCAAGGACCCCGGAACACGACGGCUCCCACUCGGCCGCCUCCGGGCCUGACCAACACCAAACCCUCAUCCACGUGGGGUGGAAACACUCUGGGUCUGGUGGCUGGAUGGAGCAGCUCGUACUCCUCAGGAACCACAUGGAGUACAGAUAGCUCCAACAGAAGCACUAGCUGGUUGGUCCUGAGAAACCUCACCCCACAGAUCGAUGGUUCGACACUGCGGACACUGUGCAUGCAGCAUGGCCCACUUAUCACAUUCCAUCUCAACCUGACGCAGGGCAAUGCAGUUGUGCGCUACAGUUCUAAAGAGGAAGCUGCCAAAGCCCAGAAAUCCCUACACAUGUGUGUUCUGGGAAACACCACUAUCUUGGCGGAGUUUGCUGGAGAGGAGGAGGUGAACCGCUUCUUUGCACAGGGUCAGUCCCUCACGCCCACCUCCAGCUGGCAGGCCAACCCCGGCACCAAUCAAACGCGGCUGGGUGGCGGAGGGACGGUGGCCACGCACCCCAUCGGCCACUGGAACAGCAGUAGCCUGGGAGGAGCGGGCGGCACGGGAUCCAGCGGCAAGGCGAGCAACGAGCUGCUGUGGGGGGGCGUGCAGCAGUACUCGAGUCUGUGGGGGCCACCCAACGCCGAGGACGGCAGGGUUGUCGGCAGCCCCACCCAAAUCAACACACUGCUUCCUGGAGACCUGCUGAGCGGAGAGUCCAUGUGAGAGUGCCAAGCACUCGGAAGAAGCGAAAACAGGAAAAACUUCACGAGCAAAAACCAAGCGAAUCAUUUGGCGAUAAUCAGCGUCAGUGGAACUGUGAACCAAGAGACACUCGCGUAGAGGCUGCUGACCUUCUUCCGCUUUUGUUUGUUUGUUUGUUUUGCGUCGUUUUAUCUGUGUUAUUUUGAUCACAAGGCUUGGGUUACAGUAUUCUAUAGACUUCUUAAGAAGAACAGUGACUAAAAGAAGAGAAGUGUGAACCUUUACCAAGACUUUUCUCUAAUGACUGAUACCAGUGUGAAAGCGUAUUUUACUACAACUGAUGAGACAAGCUGCCAUUUUUUUAAAUUCCUCUGGCACGAGCACAUCCCAUCAGCCCAAUCACAGCAUAUCACCACUCCCGAUGACACGUGCAUCAUUCCAAACAACCCUUUCUUGGACUGGAUCCAUGGCUUUUUCAGUUGUCGUUUGGAUUGUACGGAUUAUUUAACAGCACUAAACUUUAGCCUUAACUGCUGAUUGGUCCCCACUCCACUGGUACCAGAGACUAAAUGAAGAAACUCGUUGGAGAAUUGCACAUUUUCUCAUUUCUGAGCCAGCCGAGCGAAAACGGACCGCCGUGCGAUCCAUCUCACACAAGCCACAGCGUAUAUUUUUCCUUCCUGUUUCCCUCAGUUGCCUUCCUGUCCUCGUUAUUCUGUAAAGGACAGACAGGUACAGUACGUGGCCCCUCCGUGCAUUUGAGGCAUUUCUUACGCUGAGAGGACAGCCGUGCUAAAUAUAUUAACCACUGCUCACGGAAACGGUGGAAUCGAUGGACUACUUUCUCUCUUGAAUUUUCCUACACGACCUCAGUCUUUAAGGCCCGGCGAGAACAUAAGCCCUCAUCUGUUGUUUGUCCGAUGUGCAAUAUACGCCACAGACUCUUCCGUCCAUCUUUGCGCAGUGCUUUUGCUGACGGUAGAAGCUCGUUUUUCGGGCAAAUCAAAGACUCGACAGAAGCGAAGCUUCUUCUCAGCCCAAUAGGGACGAAACGUUCACGAGCACUUCCUCUACACACUCAAGGACAGUGUGACUACAGGGGCACAGGGGAUUCAAACCAAAUAAGAGGUGUUUCUCGUAACCCAGUAGACAAAGUGCAUUUUUUUGUUGUAUUUGGUACAAAAGUAUGGAACAAAGACUGGUUUUGAAAGGGGUGGUUUAUUCAUAGCACUUAGCAGGAGCUUCAAGCUCCGACUUCAAUGCCAACAAAAUUACACAUGGAUGUGUGAAACUGACAAAAAAAAGCAACGAUGAAAAGCAAUCUCCACGCUGAACUCUAAAUGGAUUUCGACGUUUAUUUUCUUGUCUUUCCAAGGACUUCGAAAUGGGACAUUUCAAAAACGGUAGCAAAACGACGGGAUGUCCGACGAGGAAAAAGACUGAAGCACUUGGCGUGUUUUUUCUUCUUCGAGAUAUAUAUCAAAGUAAAUAUCACUGUUACAGUACUCCAAAAUCAUUAGCCUUUUCGUCUGGAACUAGACGUGUUGUAAUAUUUCUAAUGGAUUCUGUGGGGCCCGCCGCCCUGGUGGCCCCGCCUACCUGUAUGAUAAGUGUGGCCAUUGAGUGCCUAUCUGCUGUGGCGCCUCCGGUGCCCACGCUCUGACUUUGACCCGCUGUGCCAGGCCGGCGCACCAGAUGCCAGAACGGACCUGCCGCUCGUAUGCUCGGCCUGGGCCGGAGCAGCGGCUCCUUUAGACCUGGCCAAUCAGUACGUACUACUGCGCCAGCACACAACCUCGUCUCCACUUCACUCUCAUAAACUCCUCCCUCUCAUGCAAAGAUCACUUUAGCUGGAAGUGGACAGGUUGGUUUUAUGUACCGAUUGGGUUUUUCCCUCCUGGAAUUGCCAGUGUUGUUAUUUUUGUUGUCAACACAUUGCUGUUUGUUAUCGUCGUUGCUGUUGAUGUUAUUGUUAUUUUGCGCUUUUUUUGUUCGUUUGUGUGUCAAUGCAGUGGUCUCUAUGGUAGCUGCUCUCACCAGCCCCUCUUGCUGCGCAUAUGCAGAAACACUCAGUGUAAAUGAGAGAAUCGACGGGGGUCGCGUUUUAAGGGCGGACGUAACGGAAGUGUAGGCUCAAGCGCGAGUGGUGCUCAGUUUGACUUCUACUUCUCCAUCGUUGUCUCUCCUCUGCACUUUUCUUCUCUGUUUCAGCCCUGCUAGGCCACAUUCACACUGGUGCUUAUGACAAAGGGCAGGCAGGGUACACUACUUUACCUGGUCGCCUCUUCUCGCAGUAAUAAAAGCAAAUGAUAACGGAGACUCGGCUCUCUACUUCUAUGCAAAGACCGACCGAGAAGCGCCGUUUAAAGCCUUUAGCUAUAAACUGUAUUUCUCUCCAAGCCCACUCUUCACCAGUUCAUUCGGAGCAGGCAGCUUCCUCACAGUGGGCCUGCGGUAAGAAACUAGCCCACUCGUUUCCAACAGAUCGGAUCAGGCCCUCACUGUUUACUCUCUGAAUGAUCUCUUACAUGCAGUCUCAGGGCAACCUCAGAGAACCCCGAACCGAUUUCUCUUUAAAAGGGGGCGGGGCUUUAAACGCGCUCUGAAUGCUUGGCUUGGAGAAGGUGGACAGGAGGAGAAUCGAAAGGAAAGUCCCUGCUGUCGAUCUUAAUUUAGCAUUAAUCGGACCGGGACUCCUUUCGAGCGUUUUUAAUGUAGAUUUUACGAAUAGUUGGCUUUAUGAAGAGCACAUGGAGAUGGAGAGGUAGAACGCAAGUUGGCACCAAGUCAGACGGGUAGCACCUUGUCCCGGGCGUACGUCUGGGAGGACUGCUGAGAAUUAAACAGGGAAUCCAGAAUGUUUAGGUGCACUGUAGAUGGUUCACGUUGGGUACAUCUUUUUUUAAACCAAAAAAGGGUUUGUCUCAUUAUAAAAAAAGAGGUAACUUUAAUUCUCUAGUACACUCUUGACUGAAGUGCUUCUCUUUGCAAGCCUUUGACGCCCGAUUGGGGCGUACAGAUGACUCUGGGGUUGCUGUAUUGAUGGUAUUAAAUUCUGUCCUGACCCAAUGCUAAGGGAACGGUGCAGAUUUUUCUUUCGUUUCGUUUUUGUUCUUACAGGUCCGGGUCCUUAGGGACCUUUCGUAUCAGGCGGCCUGUGGCACAUGCCAGUUGAUACCAAGUCUUAAGAGGAAAAUCCCUUUCUGGAAGAUAUUUGUGUUGACUUCAAACUCGAGUGACACUAGCAACAAUCACUAUUGCCUGUUUUUGAAGAUAUAUAUAUAUAUUUUUAACUGCCUUUCUCUAAGCUGUACUCGAGACCACAGAUAGAAAAAAAACGUCCAAAACAUGUUGAAAUUCAGAGGAAUGACUGGCACGUUAGCCAGCUAGCCAACAAGUGCCCAGUCCUCCGCUUUGGGCAUACUGGGUCUUUGUAUGUUGGACUAAUGUACCCCAACUCUACGAAAGAGGCUCAAAUGCAAGUGGUGUAGAUAAGAAGGCUGCUUCAAACAUACAAAAUAACAGGGCCUGGUGAGCUCUAAAGUACAAGUGGGCCCUGGCUAGAAUAUGCACAUGCUGGUUGAUAUACAUGUACAUCUGAAAUCCUGUGUAUGUAUAUAACUGGUGAUCUUUUUCCAUGUACCUUUAGUUGGUUUUUCAGGCCCAAUAACCCCCAUUCCCUUCUCUCCAUGAAUUACCUAGAUGAUAAAAAGCAUAAACAUAUCAAAAUUAUACAAAUGAAAAGAGACAAAUACUUGAAUCAAAAGAAGCGCCAAUAAUGUAAUGUGAAUUUUUUGUAAUAAUUUUGUCAUUCAUACACUUCCAAGCUUUUUGAUAACAUCGGUUCAAAUUGAACGAAAAAAAUCUUAAAAAACGCAAAAAAAAUUUAAAAUAAAAAAGAUUAAAAAAACGCAAAAUGACAUCGGUUGUGUGUGUGUGUGUGUGUGUGUGUGUGUGUGUUUGCUUGCACAAGAUUGCGUGUACUGUAUGACAAAUGAAUGGAUGGGUGAUGAAAGGUUGAAACCAAUGUAUGCUUGUGAUUACAGUGAAAUUGUUUGCGCCUUUGUUUCAUUUGAAACAUUUUAGAGGUAUAUGUCUUUUUUGUUGGCUAGUCAAAAAUAUAUUCUAAUGUGUAUUGUUAUUGUAUUUGUUAUUAGCUUUGUUAUUAGAGUUGCACUGAGUGUCUGCUUCCCCUCAUUCAGCUAAUCGUACAACAUGAUAUUAAAGUACUAAGGGGACAAGGUGACAAUUCAUGUGUUAAUGUUUACUCAAGGACUUAUUGAGAAAAAUAACAAGUGUGUUUUUUUUUAUCUGUAAUACGAUUAUCUACCUUAUAGUGGCUUUUAUUGUGGAAUAUUCCAUGAUAAAGAAUGGAUUAUUAUGAGUAUUGCACCAUUUUUGUUUUCAGAUUAUAAACAGAAAAAAUGCAAAAUGCUAACAAAAAAAGUUACAUAAAUAUAAAAUCUUUUCGAAGAACUGUGGCCAUAGUUUGAAGUAGAGGGACUUGUAACUCUCCAUGGAGAGCUGGAUAGACAUCUGAAGAAGAGUUUCUUACAAGACUCAUUUCAGAGGUGCCUACCUUUCUGGUUUGCUUUGAUUUUUUUUGUUUCUGUUCCACUUAUGUUCACUAUCUUUGUGCAAGGCCACCAACAGUUUACAAGCAUUUCAUGUUUUUUCUGAAGUUCAAGGAAGAGAAAAUAACAAUCCUAAAGGACAUAUACUUCCAUCAGAUGAAUAACAAAAACACUUUAAGAAAUGAAGAUUAUUGUGCUACUUGCAGAACUCUGGGAUUGAUCAGUGUUGUCGUGUGUUUUUUUUAAACUUAUGUUGGCAAUGUUACUUCAUAGAUGAUCAAAGCCAGACUUUUUUUGAAAGUUAAAACAUUUCCUUUGUUAAAAAAGAAGACAUAAUUGUUCACUAUCUUGCACACACAAAAAGUGGAUCAUGUCUCAGGAAGGCAAGGGUUCCAGAGUACCAACUCCACGUCAUUUAAUGUUCGUGUUUAGAGAAAGAGGAUAACAGAAAAAAAUAAGCACUGAAGGUUAUGGAUUUCAGAAGAAGAAAAAUACCUUUGUUUCUAAAUCCGUAGCAGUUACAUAUUUACCAAAUAAUGAACUUUAAAAAAUGGAGUGCUUUAUAUAUAAAUCUAUAUAUUGAAAUUGCUUUACAUUUUAAACAAAAUGAUCAAUGAUUUUGAUUGUUCACAAGACAGUGAAAGAACAUACAAGUACUGUAUGUUUUAAUCUUUAUUGUAUUUUCUUAACAUGAGGUCCCUUCCUGUUGAAAUCAGGACCAUUGUGCAUUACUAUUUCUUUCCUCUUUGUCCUUCUGUCUCUUGUGGCGGGUAUUACAUAAUGAAAAUGUAGAAAAAGUGGGUUGGGGGGGCAUGGUUUCUGUAUCAAUUUGAUCGAUUUAAACAGAAAUGGCUGGUUUAUAAGGAUCAUGAUCUAUGCACAAGGGGGGUGGGUUUCUUAUAGCCUCUGUGACCCGUCUCUCACUAGGAUCAGAGGAACUAUUUUCCGGGUGUCCUUUAAUUGACGCUGACGUUUCCUUCCCCCAUUGACCCCAUCUUAUUUCCCAUUUUUCAUCUAUCUUACAUAAAAGUACAUCGCCAUGCUGUGUAUUCCUAAACCAAUGAGCGUCUCAUUCUGAAGCACUGUGGGGGUUUAUUGUAGCCCAUGACUUUCAAGGUUGUCUGUGUUCUUUAUGCGUGUGUGCGUGAGUGUGCGACUUGGAUGAGUGUGGGCGGAAAUAUUGGGUUGCUUUUGCCUUUUGAUUUUAAAUGUUAAGAAACAUGUCUGUACUGAGAUUUUAAGAAGUCAGUGGCUUUUAAUGUUUUUUCUCUUUCUCUCUAUUUCUCCUCAUAGAAUGUGAUUGUUGAUGACAUGCACCGAAAAAAUGUUUUGAACUAUGGAGCUUCUUUCAAACAAUUAAUAAAUGCAUUUUUGUUCUUG